CUAGGCAUGCAGACUGCUUCUACAAACAUUGGUGAAAGAAUGGGUCGCUCUCAGGAGCUCAGUGACUCCAAGCGUGGUCCCGUGAUAGGUGGCCACCUGUGCAAUAAGUCCAUCCGUGACAUUUCCUGGCUACUAAAUAUUCCACACUCAACUGUUCGUGGGAUUAUAACAAAGUGGAAGCAACUGGGAGCAACAGCAACUCAGCCACCAACCACUGGACUCUAGAGCAGAGGAGAUGUGUUCUCUGGAGUGAUGAAGCACGCUUCUCUGUCUGGAAAUCCGAUUGACACGUCUGGGUUUGGCGAUUGCCAGGAGAACGGUACUUGCCUGACUGCAUUGUGACAAGUCUA